AUGCGCCACCGCGCCCCGCCCGCCCACGCGGCCUCCGCGCUGCUCCUGGCGAUGCUGCUCGCUGGUUGUGCCGGCAACCCGGACGCAAAGCGGCUGUACGACGACCUACUGAGCAACUACAACAAGCUGGUGCGUCCCGUACUCAACGUCAGUGACGCCCUCACGGUGCGAAUCAAGCUUAAACUCAGCCAGCUCAUUGAUGUCAAUCUUAAGAAUCAGAUUAUGACAACAAAUUUAUGGGUGGAACAGAGCUGGUAUGACUACAAGUUGUCUUGGGAGCCUCGAGAAUACGGAGGUGUUGAAAUGCUUCACGUGCCAUCCGAUCAUAUUUGGAGGCCCGACAUAGUACUAUAUAACAAUGCCGACGGCAACUUCGAGGUGACGCUGGCCACGAAGGCGACGCUCAACUACACGGGCCGCGUGGAGUGGCGUCCGCCCGCCAUUUAUAAAUCUUCUUGCGAGAUUGACGUGGAAUACUUUCCAUUCGACCAACAGACGUGUGUCAUGAAAUUUGGCUCUUGGACUUACGAUGGAUUUCAGGUGGAUCUCAGACACAUAGACGAAGCACGAGGGACGAAUGUUGUGGAGCUUGGCGUUGACCUUUCAGAGUUUUAUACUUCCGUAGAAUGGGAUAUACUUGAAGUGCCUGCAGUCAGGAACGAGAAGUUCUACACAUGCUGUGACGAGCCGUAUUUGGAUAUAACAUUCAACAUCACCAUGCGACGCAAAACCUUGUUCUACACGGUGAACUUGAUAAUCCCAUGCAUGGGUAUCUCGUUCCUCACCGUCCUCGUCUUCUACUUACCGUCAGACAGCGGCGAGAAGGUGUCGCUCUCCAUCUCCAUCCUACUCUCACUCACUGUGUUCUUCCUGCUCCUUGCCGAAAUAAUCCCGCCUACGUCACUGGUUGUUCCACUACUGGGAAAGUUUGUGCUCUUCACUAUGAUCCUUGACACAUUUAGCAUCUGCGUGACGGUGGUUGUGCUCAACGUGCACUUCCGUUCGCCGCAGACGCACACGAUGGCGCCCUGGGUUCGGCGAGUGUUCAUACACGUGCUACCGAGACUGCUCGUCAUGCGACGUCCGCACUGCCGCCUCGACCCGCAUCGCAGUCGCUUCGCGGGCAUUGCGGCGCGGGAGGCCCUGGAACUGACGUGCUCUGAGACGGCGUCUCCUGGCGCGUGUCGUCUGCACGCCCCUGCGCCCCCCACUGCCCCCGCCGCCCCCUCCGCGGUGGCGGACGCGCCCGCGCUCUGUGACGCGCUGCGCCGCUGGCAUCGCUGUCCAGAGCUGCACAAGGCCAUCGACGGCAUCAACUAUAUUGCCGACCAGACGCGAAAAGAAGAGGAGUCUACUAGGGUAAAAGAGGAUUGGAAGUACGUAGCUAUGGUGUUGGACCGCUUGUUCCUGUGGAUCUUCACUCUGGCGGUGGUGGUGGGCUCUGCGGGCAUCAUCCUGCAGGCGCCCACGCUGUACGACGAGCGCGCGCCCAUAGACGUGCGUCUCUCUGAGAUAGCGUACGCGGCGGCCAAGCCCCGUCCGCCGCCGCCGCGC